AUGAGGCCCCUCACUGAAGAUGAAAUAAAACUGGUUCUGGAAAAGCUGUCUAAAUUCCUUGGCGACAACUUAUUGCACAUGAUUGAAAACCCUUCAAACCCUCAUCUCUUCCGACUGCAUCGGGAUCGCGUUUUCUUUUUGAAUGAAAAACUGCUUAAGGCUGCCGGAUGCAUUCCACGCAAAAACCUCUUGAGUGCGGGUCAAUGCAUCGGUAAGAUCACUAAAGGGCGGAAGUUCAGACUUGGCAUAACAGCUCUGCACCUUAUUGCCCGUUAUGCGCCUCACAAGGUAUGGCUGAACCCAGGAGGAGAGCAGGCGUUCGUUUACGGGAAUCAUAUCAUUAAGCGUCACGUAGGCCGGUUAACGGCGGACAUGCCCAGUGGCGCAGGUGUUUGUGUACUAUCUAUGAACGGGGACUUACCGUUGGGCUUUGGGACGAGCGCGAAGUCAACGGCGGAAAUUCACAUGGCUCCUACGGAGUCUAUAUCUUUCUACCACCAUGCAGAUGUGGGCGAGUACCUCCGGGAGGAGGCAGAUCUUGUUUAA